AUGCUGAGCGGUUGGGAGUGUAAACGAGGGUAUUCAAAGCAUCAUGUUUUCAUCAGCUACAGGGCUCGUGGCGCAAAUCGUGAAAACGCUCGUAAUUUGGCAGAAUAUCUCAAUCAACAAACUUUGGGUGGAAUCGAUGGGUCUCCUUCUGUCAAAAUUCAUUGCUAUCUGGAUCAGUUAUGCCUUGUAGAUGGUGCCAACUUUGUUACCGGGUUUCAAAAUGGACUUGUAUCAUCCAGAGUAGUUUUGUUGUACAUCACAUCCGAUAGCCUACAUCAGCUCAAGUUAGCUGAUCAACAACCGGACAAUAUGUUAUUAGAGUGGGAGCAAGCGUUGAAACGUGCUACUGAUGGAAACCUAUCCGUAUUUCCACUCUUUGUUGGAAGUAAAGAUUCGAAAGGGAACUUUGAGCCUUUUAGUUCUUUCCCUGGUAUCUUGGCUGCGGAUUAUCCUGAUACUAAACAUAGACACCCAUCCUCGAACACUGAUCAAACAAUCAGACAGACUGUCAAAAAUGUCUUUGAAAUGCAGGGCUGUUUCUUAGACCCAGGAGAAUGGGACGUUGUGCUUCCAUACGUUAAAAGUUUUCUGUUGGAGUCAAACACUAAAGGGAUGCUAUUGAGGACUUUGAGGAAUCCUCCUAAUCCUCCCAAUUCCAAAGACAUUCAAAAUCAAAGGGCGUGGUGCCUGAGACUGCCAACGUCCAACCCGUCAAAACUAUACACCGCAACGUCUGUCGGUAUUGACAAGCACUUUAUCGCUGAAUGGGACCUAGUGUCUGGAGCUAUAGCAAGGAAGUUCCAAGUCCCAGAUCCAACCAACAGCAUUAACGACAUGGCACUCGGAAAUGACGAAACUCGACUCUUUGUAGGGCAGGACUAUGGUCAAUUUAUAGAGAUUGAUUUAAAUAGCGGUAGAAUCGUCAAGAGAGUAGACACAUACACCGGUUUUGUACAUGGUGUAUUUCCAGUGGGUCAGCCAGUCCAUCACCUCUAUACAGGUGGAGAGAAGGGCGGGCUGGAAUGGCAAUGGUCAACGGGCAAACAGACCAAGAAGUUUGUAUAUCCUGGAAAUGGCCGAGAGGCGAAUAUCUUUCAUAGCGCAGCCUUGUCUAUGGACAAAAUGUAUGCCGGAACAUUCGAAGCUGGUGAAAUCAUAGAGUGGGAUAUUGCGACCGCUAAAGUUACACGUACUUUUAAAGACAGCUGGGGUACCAUUGAUGAUAUAGUAGUAUUAGGUGCACCAGCCAACCUACUAUAUGCUGGUCAACGGAGUCGUGUAGUAGAAUGGGACUUGACAACAGGUACUCGAAAGAGGAUAUUCAAUGUGCAGGAGCCAGGUUAUAGUCUAGAUCGUCGUGAGAAUGUUUAUCUAGCGGUAUUAGGUCCACCUGAUAAUCGACUUUAUGCAGUAUCAGGUGAUCACAUCAUAAAAGAAUGGAGUCUGGACAAUGGGUUGCUGGUUCGAACCUUUGUUGGACACUCAGAAGACAUUCUGGCUUUGACAGUCGUGGGUUCUCCGAUGUAUCGAAUGUACUCUUCGUCUCAAGAAGGUGAUAUCCGAGAAUGGAACAUUUCCAAAGAAAUAUGA